UUUCGACUCUACACUUUAACCAUCUUCGAUUAGUUUGGUAGAGACGCAUUCUCUGCACCUACACGUGUGAAAGAAAUAAUAUUUUCUUGCAAUUAAUACGUUAUAAAACAAACUGAAAGGCCAUGAGCUACCAAACUAGAAACCGGGGUCGCACCACAGCUGCCCAGAUGAUGAUGCAGUCGGUUUCGGCCAGUCAGCCGGCCCAGCAGCAGCCGCAGGUCAUGUUCACGCAGAGCGCACCCCAAUGCCAGACGCAGCAGCCGAUACCGGCACCGCCAAUACCGCAUUUCCUGCAGGACGCCGACGUUAAAAUGGACGAUGAUGUCGAGGACGGAUACGAAGACCUCCUCGAUAAUGAUGAGACUGAGGUGAAGACCAAGAAGUGGCAGUCGAAGAAGAAGGACCCCUUGUACAAAGUGUCUAAGAAAGUUCGCCGUAAGCGUAUGAACGCUCGGCUGCGUCGACUCCUGCAGCCAAAGAAUGCCAUCAUGGUGCUGAACGAGAUGAGCGAAUCUGUCAAGUUCACUUUCCACGAACCUCUCACUCCGACCACAACCUUGUUCCAAGUUAGCGUUGAGGUUGAUGGACAAGUGUACAACGGGCAAGGACUUUCGAAGCCAACUGCAAAACAGGCUGCUGCUGAGAACGCACUGCGUUCUCUCUUGAUGGAGAAAAUGGCCCAAGGGGAGGCUGGCACUGGCGAAAUCGACGAGUCUGGAACCAAGGAGGCGGAAAAAGAGGCCAACAUCUCAGACGUGCCCCCUGGUGAGGAGCCACCACUGCUGGACCUGGAGGGUCGACCCGUCAAUGGCCAGCCCGCGCAGCCUGAAGAUGACGUGCCGUGGGGAAGUCUUGCGUCAUUCGCACUCUUCAAACUCUUCACUGAGUGGCAGAGUCAGGGCAUUAAUGUCAACUUCAAGCCAAAUGCCAAACCGAAUGCAAACCUACACGAGGGUCGCUCUACUCCGGCUCCAAUGAAAAAAUUGCCCGACAACCCCACUGAGAGACAUCCAGUUAUGCUGUUGAAUCAACUCCGGCCCAGCGCACUGUUCGAGGAUGCAGGCCAGCAAGGCGUUCCCCCGAAUAUUAUGUUUACCGUGACUGUAUCGUUAGACGGAGCCUCAUACCAGGGAAUCGGCAAGAACAAGAAGGAUGCCAAGAAGGAAGCAGCGAAACAAGCUCUUGCAAGCAUCUUUAAUGUGCACUAUGACAACUAAUAAAUUAUCAGUAGCUGGAAAUCCCAUUUACAUCAAAAUGCUACGCUAUUAGCUUAAGUAUCGCCGGUGAAUUUAAUUUCAAUCGUUAGACUGUUUUUUGUAUAAUGCAAGCCCGUAAGCUUUAUGAUUUUGUUUAAGUGUCGACUAUAAUUAACAGUAAUUCUAGGAGUUAUUUCGCUUGAGGUUUAUCCUUCCUAGGUGUUACAGUUUCACGACAUUUGAUGGAGCAUUUCAUCACUUCUCUUUAAACAGCACCUGUCCUCCUCUUUAGUGUGUAUUUCAUUUAAAGUAGAGGCGUAAAGCAUGUCUUGCUUUCUAGGUUUACACCUUUAUACAUUUUACUGGCUGCGUGGCCGUAUGUGCAUGGUGCACUAUCUUUAAUUACAGUGUCAAAUUUUCAAGACUUAUCACACUACAUAGUAAUUAAGCUUCCCUGCGCGCGAUUCCCCCUUCCGAAACAUUUGUGUACGCGGUCGUAUAUAUCAAGUAAAAUUAAAGUGCGUGUCCGAUAUACAAA